GCUAUGCAAAGCGAGGAAGUGCCGGUGCAGUUCGCGCUGCUGCCGGGCGAGCCACUUGUUUGGCAGAAAGGACCAUCCGUCGGCAGUGGUCGGUUCGGAGAGGUCUCGGCAGCACUAAGAUUGCCAAGUGCGGAGCUGCUCGCGGUCAAGCAGAUUUUCAUCCAGGAGGAGUUUGAGCUCGGCAACGACGUGAGCUCGCUCUCAUUGCAGCGUGUGCAGAGCUGGGAGCAGAUUGAGCGCGAGCUGGACGUACUGCGGCUGCUACAGCACCAUGAACACUGCAAUAUCGUGCGCUUCCUCGGCCACGACUGCUACGGUCCGACUGUCAACAUGUUCAUGGAGUAUCUCCCGGCAGGUUCGCUUAGCAAACUGCUGAAGAACUUUGGUCCGUUCGACGAGGAAAUGGUACAGGCAUACACCCGUUAUGUUGUACGCGGCGUGGCACAUCUGCACAAGUUAGGGAUCGCUCAUCGUGACCUCAAGUGCGCCAACUUGCUGCUCGCGGACGACAAGCGUGGCGGAGUAAAGAUCGCAGAUUUCGGGACUGCAAAGAGGACGGUGGAGGGAGAACUAGAACGAGUUAUUGCAGAGGAGGGCGACCAGAAGCAGCCGAUAGAGACAGCGCGAUCAGUGCGCGAAGGCUUGGGAUCGCCGUUCUGGAUGGCACCAGAGAUUGUUCGCGCUGAAAAAGGAGCGGAUUCCUGGCGAAAGGCAGAUAUCUGGGGUAUCGGCUGUAUCGUGGUCGAGAUGGCAACGGGGAGACCUCCAUGGGAAAACUUGUCGAACCCGCUCACCGCCAUGUUCCACAUCGCCUCCGCGACCACUAUCCCAGAGUUCCCGACUCACCUGUCCCCCACAGCACACGCGUUCUUGUUGCUGUGUUUCGACAAGAACCCAAGCACGCGCGCCUCAGCAUCCGAGUUGCUCCAGCAUCCUUUCUUACGCGAGGAGACUGAAUGA